GGAAGAGCGAGAGAGAUAGCCCGAGAUUUGGCAGCUCACUGCGGAUUUUCUGCGUUUUAUCUACGACAUGACGACGUGUGUAGCGUCUUAACCUAAUCACUACGUGUGCGUCAUCGAUUUACUUCCGUCAGCGGACGAGUGUUACGUGCAGAUUUCCUCGUUUCCUACUCGUGUGUGGCAGCCCCUGUGGUCCGACGACCCCGAUCCCAGUGGAAGUUGUGUGCGCGUGUACGGGCGUACGGCGGAGCAGCUUCGCCCUUGGCGGUGCCGCAUCUUUACGACGAUGCUCAACGUCAAUCACGCCGCGUUUACUGCGUCACGAAUGGGCCUGCGCGGCGCGUAAACACACGAGCCGCUGAUCGAGCGCCUCGCUAGUGCCCGCCGCGGCUAUUACGAUGUGAGAAAGGCGUUCCAACGUCCAUUUGUGGUGGCUCGCGGACAGCUAAUUCUCGCGAACGGCAAACAAAAAAUGAUGGCCUCUACGCGGGACUCCUUCCAACGCAGCGACGACGAGGAAGAACUGGUAUUCGAUCAGACGGGACUGCUUACAAACAAGCUCUCCUCCCGCCACGGCGUGGUGUCCAGAAACCACGCCGUCAACUCGGGCGGCCGCCUGACAGUUGCGCGGACUGUCAAUCUCUGUCUCUCUUUCUUCGGCCUGGGCCUUUGCUUCGCCAUACCAACAGCAACGAUCCAGGACCUUCAGAAGAGAACAAAUGCCGAGGCCGACAUACAACACUUUUACACAGCCCGCUACGGUGGCUACAUAUUUGGCUGCCUCAUAGGUGGCUUUCUCUUCGACUGGUACAACCGACAGUUCCUGCUUUUCCUCAGCAUUUUCGCCACGUCCAUUGGCAUCAUAGUGAUGCCCUUCUGCGUCCAGCUAGCAACCCUGAUGGCUUGCUCGGCCAUUACUGGCAUUACCAUGGGAUUUCUAGACACAGGUGGCAACGUCUGGUGCCUAGACCUGUGGGGCCGUCACAGUGCUCCCCUGAUGCAGGCACUCCACUUCUGCUUCGCCCUCGGAGCCCUCGUGGCACCACUGAUUGCCGAGCCAUUCCUCUCGCCUGCCUCGCUCAGUGGAAUUGCACCAAUGCACAGCUUAUCGAACACCUCUCUGGCACCCGGAAUCUACGCUCACAUCCCCCCGAUCGGAAUACACCACGGCAUUUUGGUCGGCCGACAUCAUUCGCAUGUUACACCAAAGUGGAUGGACUCGCCGCCCACAGUGGGCCUCUCGCGACACCCGCGAAGCGUUAAUGAACAACUUCUAAACACCGACUCUCAGCCGUCCUCCUCCUUUCGGAAUACAUCAACAAUGUACAGCAAGGGCACAGUUCAUAACGAAAGUACAGAGUACAAUGAAACCGCAGCGAAUGAAAGCCCAUCGCACAAUGAGAGCAGCAUGAUAGAUCAAACAGCGCUGCAAGCGCCAGUGAAUUUAACUGAUGCAGAGUCCAAUGACACAUCAAAAAUAGAAAAAACUAAAAAGGAUCGGCUGCCAACUACAACUGUGGCCCCGAGUACUACGAUGGCAGCCAAGAAGCCAACCAAACCAAUCUAUGCCGAAGGACCAAACAAAGGAAGCAAAUGGGACCGCAAAUCCCAAAAGACAACCAAGGGUGCUGUCACAGCUGCUCCUAAUUCAACCAACUCGUCUGUACACACUAAUGCGACUUCACCAAAAUUGAACUUGACUGUCAGCACUGUCGCACCCUCCAAAAACCUAUCAAACCCGGCAGCUGCGGGCAUACUGGCACCACCUGCAUCAGUACCGAAUAAGGUUAACGAGACCAAAGGUCCAAAAGGAAAUGCCACACAAGCAAUACAGGAGUCAAACAAUUCCAGUAAAACUGGAAAAGAAGGCACUUCGCAUGAGAAAGAAGCUAUGAACAACUCUGUUAACAAUGCUACAGAAGGUGCAUUGCAAGACCACAGUAUUACAGCAAGUCCAAUAGUGCCAGUGCCACGACCCACGGCUGCUAACAAAGGCACGACAAUGCAUCCGGCUGUCAGUGAAGGAAGCGCCAGCCAAACAGCGGCAAAAACGAAGAAAAUCACUGCUACCACAACCCUCGAACCCGAUGCAGAACCCGUGACAGUUCCAAUCACGCAACAGGUGAUGUCUACGGAACGGCCCGACCAUGUCUCUGAAGACCCAGUUGCCAUAAAAGCUACAACUAUAGUGCAUGCUAUUAUAAGAGCGACUGUACAAAGUUUUGACCCUCCCAAAGCAACUGUUGCAACCGUACCAGCAAAGGACCAACUGCCAGCGCAAGGUAAUGGAACAGAAACAAAGUACUUGGAUGCCAAAACACCGAAAGAACCCCCGAAACAACCAAGCCUGGCUGAUCAAACACCCGAGCCAGUGACGGCUCGACCCAAGCCCGUGCUGUCGACAGUUAUAGGAGCAGCAAACGUGUCAAAUGAAAGCAGCUCGGGCGUGAAACCACAGUCGCUCACCACUAAGACGACCCUACUUGAAAAGGCAUCACCAACAGCUGAAACGGGCCUAACCUCGUGGAUUACUCAGAAGUUCAUGGAGAACAGGAUCGGAAAACUGGAGUUUGUCUAUGCCAUCCUCGGGGCGUACCUCUUCGUUGUGUCAGUGGUGUUUCUUGCGUUCCUGUGCACAAGUCCGCGUGAUUCACGGUCGCGUCAAGAAGAAGACAUCAAGGCACCUGGGCCUUCAGGCAAGCACAGCCUGGUCCUUCUUAGUUCCCUCUUCUUCUUCCUCUACAUGGGAAUGGAAGCUGCGGUGGGUGAACUGCUACGAAUAUAUGCGGCCCACCCUCAUGGCUACACCUUGACCUACGUCUUCUGGGGCAGCUUUGCGGCUGCGCGUUUUCUUGCGAUCCCCAUCGCGAUCAAAGUGUCGUGCCGGAACAUGCUUCUCGGCGAUCUCGGCAUCUGCUUCCUCGCGUCUGUUCUGCUCGUCGCCGGAGCCGACAGGAUGGAGUCCCUGCUUUGGACGGGCGUCGGCGUGUUGGGCGUUGGCAUGGCUUCUGUCCUGCCGACGUCACUUGCCUGGCUCGAACGACACAUCCGUGUCACGAACCGCACUGCGUCGGUUGUUUUACUCGGGGCGGCGUUCGGGGAGAUGGCGUUGCCAUUCCUUGCCAGUCGCUUUAUCGAGCGUGAACCGGCAGUUCUGGUGUACGUCAACGUUAGCGUCGUCACGCUGUGUUGUCUUAACUUCGGCGCCCUCUGGCUCACGGCAGCGAAGAGGGGUGAAAAGUACGCACCCACUAACGAGCCAGAUCGCUCGCUGUACCAGCUGGCGAACCUCGACGACGGCGAUGACCAGGCCGACUUCACUUUGCUGAGGCCCUUGUGCGCCAACGGCGAGAACGGCCUGCAAUUCAAGGAAAAGCACAAGUUUUCUCGGGGACUCAAUGCAAUGUCCUGAAAGGCCACGUUUCGUAACGGUCUCUGGAGUUGCGCGUCGGCUGCCGUGACUUUUGAACAAGACACUGUGAAGUAGCUCGGCAAAGCUCACCACUUCUCGACACCAAAUUUGGAGCGAUAGGCAGGUAGAGCGAAAUAGUGUGUCAGCACCAAUCAGUGUGUUGGAAGAAAAAAAGAGGGCAUGCAGUGGACAGUCUUGAAUGCCAUUUCCACAGCUUUAUUGAGGUUUAAAUGGUUAACAAAGGAAUUUGCACUAAAAAAAAGAGCAAUUAGGACAUGCAUAAUUAGUAUGAAAAAGUGCUGGACAUUUUAGCUUGUUUAUAUUCGCCAGUCAAACUUCUGCCAGAAGUUGCAAAGGCCAACACGCGAGCUUAAGCCACCAGGCUGCUCCAUAGCACAAGUGCAAUUUUUUAACGUCUUUUAAGUUGAGAAGGUGAUGCACCUUAAACGAACAUCUACGUUCUAGUAGAGACGACUGGCUUGCCAUUGCGGCCUGCUGCUGCUGUGCUGUGCUAAUAGUUAUCGAGCUGCAGUGGGUGUGCAAUUUUUUAAAAUGCUACAUGUGAUGCAACUUUCACGAGCACAUCGCACUGCAUGGUUCAAUCAGUCCUGCUUUGUUUCAUGGUGGACGACAACCUAGUCAACUUUCUUUUUCUAGGGACAUUAUGCUUUGGCUUCAGUAUUUAAUAUAUAUAGUUUAUUUUCUUGGUGCUGCCUUAGUGGAAGUGAUAAGAGUACUAGUGAUAAAAGUGCCAGAUGUACUUCUUUUCCUGCCAAACCUAGUUUUUUUUUCUUCUCUUGAAGUGCAGAGAGAAAGACAGCGAGUUCUUUUAUCUACUGGCAACAUAUUUACUUGCUCUCUCAAAGCCUUGAGCAGGGUCAUUUUAUACAAUAAAAAGCAUCUAUCAUACACUGCAAGUA